AAAAAAUUGUGACAAAGUCAUUAUUUACGUUUAGUAAUUUCGGUCAAAUUUAAUAAUGUACACAGACGAUAAUUCAGACAAGGAAUACGAAUUUGAUGAAUUAAGUCCGGAAAACAGUCCCAAUGUUACAAAGAAAUCGUUAUCCGCUGUUGGCUUUAGAAAUAAUGCAGAAAAUCAAUGUGCGCGACCGAUGGCAUUACGGGCUACUCAAUCGUUUACAGGAGCGGUUGAAGAGUUGAGAUUUUGUGGCAAUUUCCAAAGAAUGGGUAUUGGUAAUAAAAAUUUAUCAUGCUCACCCAAAACGGCACCAGUUUGCCCAUGUGGUUGCCUUCUCAAACCCGCAGUGACUGGGCCAUUCAGAACUAGAGAAAAAUCUACCCUCGCCCUCCAUGUCGUUUCGCCCGAAGUUUUAAACCAUCACGGAUAUAACUUUGAACCCAAUGAAAUAGCUAUGUUUUGGAAAAAAGAUUGCAGAAUGUUUUUAUGGAAAGGAAAAUCGAAAAUCAAAACAAUUAACUCUGAUAAAUAAUAAUGUUAAUAAGGAUUAAUA